AUGAAGAUGCUAACUAAAUUUGAAUCCAAAUCUUCAAGAGCCAAGGGGGUUGCAUUUCAUCCUAAAAGGCCUUGGGUUUUGGUUUCUUUGCAUUCGUCGACCAUUCAAUUAUGGGAUUACCGUAUGGGAACAUUGAUUGAUCGUUUUGAAGACCACGAAGGUCCGGUUAGAUGUGUUGAUUUCCAUCCAACCCAACCAUUGUUUGUGUCUGGUGGUGAUGACUAUUCAAUCAAAGUUUGGUCACUUAACACGCGUAAAUGUAUCUUUACAUUGAAUGGACAUUUGGAUUAUAUUCGUACGGUUUCAUUCCAUCGUGAUUUGCCAUGGAUUAUUUCUUGUUCUGAUGACCAAACCAUCAGAAUCUGGAACUGGCAAAACCGUCAGGAAAUCGCGUGUUUGACUGGACAUAAUCACUAUGUUAUGUCUGCACAAUUCCACCCUAGUGAAGAUUUAAUAGUUUCGGCCUCGUUGGAUCAAACAGUUAGGGUUUGGGAUAUUUCUGGGUUGAGAAAGAAGCAUUCUGCUCCAACUUCUUCGAUGAGAUCGUUCGAAGAUCAAUUACAGAGACAACAAUUACCCCAACAAGAUAUUUUCGGUAACGUUAAUGCUAUUGUAAAAUAUGUCUUGGAGGGUCAUGACAAGGGUGUGAAUUGGGCUGCUUUCCACCCUACUUUGCCAUUAAUUGUGUCUGCUGGUGAUGACAGAUUGGUUAAGUUAUGGAGAAUGAGCGAUACUAAAGCCUGGGAAGUUGAUACUUGUAGAGGGCAUACAGGUAAUGUGUUAUGUGCAACUUUCCACCCAAAUCAAGAUUUGAUUGUUUCGGUAUCUGAUGAUAAAACCAUCAGAGUUUGGGAUUUGAACAAGAGAACUCCCGUUAAACAAUUUAGACGUGAACAUGACAGAUUUUGGUUAGUUGCAUCGCACCCAAAUAUCAACUUGUUUGCUACGUGCCAUGACUCAGGUGUCAUGGUAUUUAAAUUGGAAAGAGAAAGACCAGCGCAUGCAAUUUUCCAAAACAAAUUAUUCUAUGUUAAUAAUGAGAAGCAAGUUCAAUGUUAUGAUUUCCAAAAGAAUGAAAAUUCUUUACCAAUGUUAUCCUUAAAGAAGAUUGGUAAGGCUUGGUCAUUUAUGAGAACUUUGUCUUAUAAUCAGUCUGACAACUCAAUUUUAGUUACUCAUGGUGAAGGUGACGCUGGUAUGUACGCUUUAAUUACUUUACCAAAGCAUGUAACUGGAGCUAUUGAGCCUACCGAUGUUAGACAAGGUGAAGGUAAUUUUGCAUGUUUUAUUUCUCGUAAUAGAUUCGUUAGUUUUGUUAAAUCUACCAAGAGUUUGAAUGUUAAAGAUUUGAAUAAUAAUGUUACUAAAAGCAUCCAGUUAGAUUCAUCUGUCAAUGAUGUUUUAUAUGGGGGUGCUGGUCGUGUUUUAUUGGUCAAGAGUCACUCAGUUAUAAAUUACGAUGUUCAACAAAGAAAAGAAUUGUCGGAAAUUAGUGUUAAUAACGUAAAAUAUGUUUCUUGGUCUAACGAUGGUCAAUAUUUAGCCUUGUUAUCUAAACAUACUAUCACUAUUGCCACUAAGGAUUUAGAAUUGGUUACAUCCAUGCACGAAACAAUUAGAAUUAAGAGUGCUGCUUGGGAUGACUCAGGCGUUUUAUUAUAUUCUACUUUGAACCACAUCAAGUAUACUUUAUUGAACGGUGAUAAUGGUAUUAUCAAAACCUUAGAGAAUACCUUAUAUAUUACCAGAGUCGCUCAAAAGCAAAUUUAUUGUUUAGAUCGCGCGGGUCAAGUUCAAGUAGUUACUAUUGAUCCUACUGAAUAUAGAUUUAAAAAGUCCUUAGUCAACAAGAACUUCAAUGAGGUCUUAAGAAUCAUUAAGAAUUCUAACUUGGUCGGUCAAAACAUUAUUGCUUAUUUACAGAAGAAGGGAUACCCAGAAGUUGCAUUGCAAUUCGUGGAAGAUCCUGAAACUAGGUUUGAAUUAGCCUUAGAAUGUGGUAAUUUGCAAGUGGCUUUGGAACAAGCUAAGGCGUUAAACAAUAACAGUAUUUGGGAAAAAUUGGGUGAUGAAGCUUUGAACCAGGGUAACGUUGAAAUUGUCGAAUUAGUUUAUCAGCAAUUACAUUUAUUCGACAAAUUAUCGUUCCUCUACUUGUACAAGGGUGAUGGUGAAAGAUUAAAUAAAAUGGCAACAAUUGCUGAGCAUCGUGGUGACUACUCAUCUUUGAUUCAAAAUACUUUCUAUAAUAACGAUAUUAAAAAGAGAUGUCAAGUUUAUAUUCAAGGUGGCAUGUUACCAUUGGCUUAUACAUUAGCUAAGUCUAACGGUCUCACUGAGUUGGCUGAACAAAUCUUGCAAGAAGCGGGUGUAGAAGAAAAGGAUGUUGAGUUACCAGAACUUGGACAAGCUGUGCCCUUACCAGAACCUUUGGCUGAACCAGUUGGUAAUUGGCCAAUGAAAGAAUCUUCAUUAUCUUUCUUCGAAAAUGCCUUAUUGACUGGUCAAGUCGAGAACUUGUCUAUUGAAGAUGAAACCGAAGAAAAUUUCCAAGAAUCUACUAAUACAUUGGACAUUGUUGAUGACGACAUGGAUGAUGAAGGCGAAGAGGAUGAAGGAGCAUGGGAUUUGGAUGAUGAUGAGUUAGAUAUUGACGAUGAAAUUGUGGAAGCUACACCAGGAAUUGAAAUUGAUGAUUCAUUGAAGUCCGCGACAUCAGAGGGUGAAAUUGGCUACUGGCUUCGUAAUGCAAAGACACCUGCUGGCUAUGUUGCAGCUGGUGCAUUUGACCAAGCUGCAUCUAUGUUGCAUAAACAGCUAGGAGUUGUUGACUUUGAACCGUUACGUAAACGUUUCUUAGAGGUUUACCAAGCUUCGAAAUUGUACUUACCAGGUGUUGACGAUUUACCAUCAAUGCAAACUUUUAUUAGGGCUGAUAACGACGAAGAUAAUCCAAAGAAGUUUGCGCCAUUUAUUCCAGGAUUUGAUAGCUUGGAAGACAGACUUACACUUGGGUUCAAACAAUUCAAGGCCAACAACUUAGAGAAUGCCAUAAGCACUUUCAGGGAUAUUAUUUAUACAAUUGCCGUUAUAACUGUCGAAGAUGAACAGCAAGAGGCAAAAUGUGCAGAUGUUUUGACUGUUUGUCGUGAAUAUAUCUUGGGUUUGUCCAUCGAAUUGGCACGUCGUGCUUUAGACCCAUCAGAGGUCAAACGUAACUUAGAAUUGGCUGCCUAUUUUACCAGAGCCAAACUUCAAAGCCCACACAAGAUUAAUGCAUUACAAGUAGCAAUGACCCAAUCCUUCAAGAAUAAAAACUUUGCAAGUGCAUCUUAUUUUGCAGGUGAACUCUUAACGAUUUCGUCUACAGGCCAAAGAGCUGAGCAAGCUCAAAAAUUGAAAGCUAAGGCCGACUCAGUCUCUAGUGAUGCGAUUGAAAUUGAUUUCGAUCCAUAUGCCGAGUUUGACAUUUGUGCUGCUAGCUUCACCCCAAUUUACAAGGGAUCACCAUCUGUUACCGAAGCUUUAGUUGGUGCUAAAUAUAAGCCAGAAGAGCAAGGUAAGAUAUGUAAAAUAACCGGCAUUACUGCUAUUGGUGCCCAAGCUUCAGGCUUACGUAUCAGAGGUUAA